AUGGCUGUAAACGAUGUUAAAAAAACUUAUCAAGAUAUUAUUAAUGAUGUUUGUACAACAGUACGUGAAGCACUUUCAGACGAAGGCUUCGAUGAUCAUACUUUACAAGAACUUCGAACUUUAUGGUUACAACGAUUAGAAAGUUCAAAAGCAUUAGAACCAUUAUCAACAUCAAUUGUUGAUCAAGCAACAAAUCGAGAAUUUCGACAUCCAACACCCGGUGACACAAAUAAUUCUUCAUCGUUCAAUAAUAAAACAUCAACUGGAAUUAAACAAAUAAAUAAUCGUAAUAUACAUUCAGCAUCAAAUGCUGCUGUAACUAAUUUUAAUUCAACUUAUACAUUAACAAAUCAUAAUCCAGGAAUGAUAUCAACAACGAAUCCGGGUACAAUACAAUCCAUUCGACCUAAUAAUUUUCCAAUUAGACCACCCAAUCCAACAAAUAUUGGAAGUACUACAAUGAAAACAUCUAAUCAAUUAGAUGGUGCAAAUGAUGAAAUUAUUCUUAAGAAGAUUAAUCGUCGUAAGAAAAAACCACAAAUUAUUGAAAUUUCAUUACAAUUGGAUGGAACAGGACCUCCUGUUGGUGAUGAUGAAGAUGAAGAUGAAGACAGUGAAUUAGGAGGAAAUGAUGUUGGAGAAGAACUAGAUGAUGAUGAUGAUGAAGAGGGUAAUGAAGAAGGAAGAGAAGAUCCAAAUCCACUUUGUUCAGAUGAUGAUGUUAGUGAUGCUGAACCAGAUGAAUUAUUUGACACAGAUAAUGUUGUUGUAUGUCAAUAUGAUAAGAUAUCACGUACAAAAAAUAAAUGGCGAUUUAUUUUAAAAAGUGGUGUAAUGAAUAUUGAAGGACGUGAUUAUGUAUUUAGCAAAGCAACAGGUGACGCCGAUUGGUAA